UACGCAGAGAUAUUUCUAGUAGAAUCUAGCAAGGUUUUAAAGAUGGCGGCAUCCUUUCGGCUUCGGCACGCGAUAAAAUUGGGAAAAUUGUUUCCUAAACAAAUAACUUAUAAUGUCGAAAGAACGAUUAUUGAACGAACAUGUAGACAACUUGCCGUAAUUCCUGGUAACCACAGACGUUGUUUUUCAUCACAAACAGCAACUCAAACUUCGACUGAAUAUCAUAAUAUAAUACAAGAUACAGAAAAAGUUACAGGAGAGAAAGCUAAACAUGACUUUCAAUCAGAGACUCAGAUGUUAUUGCAAAUUGUUGCAAAAUCAUUGUAUUCUGAUAAAGAGGUAUUUGUUCGUGAAUUGAUAUCUAAUGCCAGUGAUGCUUUGGAAAAGUUAAGAUACCUUAGACUAAGUAACACCGAAGUUGGAGAAGUAGCUGGUGAUAGAAAUUUAGAAAUUCACAUUGCUACUGAUAAACAGAAUCGUAUUCUAACUAUCCAAGAUACAGGAAUUGGUAUGACACAUGAAGAGUUAAUAUCCAAUUUAGGAACAAUUGCUCGUUCUGGUUCCAAAGCAUUCUUGGAACAAAUCAAAGAUAAACAAAGUGAAGGAGAUCCAUCUAAAAUUAUUGGACAAUUUGGAGUUGGUUUUUAUAGUGCAUUCAUGGUAGCAGACAAAGUUGAAGUUUAUACUAAAUCUUAUGCCAAUGAUGCUGAAGGUCUUUGCUGGUCAUCUGAUGGAUCUGGAUCUUUUGAAAUAUCACAAGCAGAAGGUGUGCAACCAGGUACUAAAAUCGUGAUACAUUUAAAACCUGAUUCUCGUGAAUUUUGUGAUGAAAGUGUAAUUAAAGGUAUCAUCACAAAGUACAGUAAUUUUGUAGGCAGUCCUAUUUAUAUCAAUGGUCAAAGAGCUAAUACAAUACAGCCUUUAUGGAUGCUUGAUCCAAAAGAUAUCACGUCUCUACAACAUGCAGAAUUUUACCGAUUUAUUGGAAAUUGUUUUGAUACUCCAAGAUUCAUAUUACAUUAUACGACCGACGUACCGUUGAGUAUAAAAGCGUUAUUAUACUUUCCGGAAGAAAAGCCAGGUCUAUUUGAUUUAGCUAGAGACGCAGCCGGAGGAGUAGCAUUGUACAGUAGAAAAAUUUUAAUUAAAAGUAAAGCGGAAAAUCUUUUACCAAAAUGGUUACGUUUUGUAAAAGGUGUCGUUGAUUCGGAAGACAUUCCUCUUAAUUUAAGUCGCGAAUUAUUGCAAAAUAGCACUUUGAUUGGAAAAUUACGCAACGUACUCACGGCUCGCAUAUUAAAGUUCUUGCAAGAUCGAUCUGUAAAACAACCUGAAGACUAUAGUAAAUUUUAUAAAGAUUAUGGAUUAUUUUUGAAAGAGGGUAUCGUUACUAGCAAUGAGCAAUCAGAGAAGGAAGAUAUAGGAAAAUUAUUAAGGUUCGAAUCUUCUACAACUGCUCCAGGAGAGCUAAUUAGUCUUCCACAAUAUUGUAGCCGUUUUGGUCAAGACCAAAAACAUAUAUACUAUUUGUCAGCACCUAGUCGUACAUUAGCGGAACAAUCACCGUAUUACGAAUCUCUUAAAAAACGAAACGUUGAAGUUCUAUUUUGUUACGAACCUUAUGACGAAUUAGUUUUAAUGCAUCUAAGGCAAUUUAAUUCUCAUAAUUUAAUAUCGGUUGAAAAAGAGAUGCGAGAUGGUAGCGACGCUACUAAAACAGAAAAUUUAGGUGUUAUUAAUAAGGAAGAAAUGGAUGGCCUCGUAAGUUAUAUGCAAAAUCUUCUGAAGAGAAAGGCUUACGAAGUUAAAAUGACAAAUCGCCUUGAAUCACAUCCUUGUGUAGUCACUGUUCAGGAUAUGGCUAGUGCGAGGCAUUUUAUACGUACGCAAAGUCAUCAAUUAAACGAAGAAACGCGUUACAAUAUUCUUCAACCGAGACUUGAAAUUAAUCCAUCUCAUCCAUUAAUUAAGAAACUUUGUCAAUUAACCAAAAAUGAUUCAAAACUUGCGGAUCUUCUUAUACAACAGUUGUUCAUGAGUGCAAUGGUCGGUGCAGGAUUAAUUGAAGAUCCACGCAUACUGUUAAAUCCGAUGAAUGAAUUACUAACGUUGGCUUUAGAGAAACACUAAAGCUAUUAUUUUGAUCCAUCUAAAAUCUAAGUUUUUCUACAAUUCCAUUGUAGAUAAUGUGACGAAAUUAAGUGCAACAAAAGUAUUCUUACAUUGACCUUUUAGAAAUAGCAAUCAAAUAAAUGUUACUUAAAUAUGAAA